AUGUGCAUAUCAACAGAUAAUAUGCAGUAUAAAUCAUGGAGGAAGUCUGGUGUUAUUAUGAGAACAGCAAUCGUGAUAGGUUUUGUGGUCAUUGGAGGAAUUAUAGGAAUUAUAGUCAGCAUUCUAGUGAUGGAAUAUGAAUGUAAAUCAGAACGAGUCCGAAAUGCACUUUUAAUGGAGGACUGUUGGGAAAAUAACUUUGAUUGUAACAGAUUGGCCCUACCUGAUUCAGAUGACUUUAAAUCUGUAUUUAUGGAGGCUUGUAGCAACGGGCAUUUGCCAACCGUGGUUUUGUUAAUUGACAACGGUGCAAAUGUUAAUCUCCCAAACGGUUUAGGGUUUACGCCGAUUUACUGGGCAUGUAUUAAUGGGAACAUUGAUAUUGUUAAUUUGCUAAUUAAAAAUAGCUGUGAUAUAAAUUAUCCUACCAAUAAUGGAAGGACACCGCUAAUGGCUGCUUGCGAAAAAGGGCAUUUGUCAAUAGUUCACUUUCUUAUUGACAAUGAUGUUAGAAUCAACCUAACAGAUAAUGAAGGAAAUAGCCCAUUCCAUUUGUCCUGUUUCGGUGGAAACAUUGACAUUGUAAAAUUGCUGAUAGAUAAUGGAUGUGAUAUAAAUAUACCAAAUAAUACGGGGAGGACUCCUCUUAUGACUGCUUGUGAAAAAGGGCAUUUAUUAACAGUUAUACAUCUUUUUGAAAAAAAAGUUGACAUUAACAUAAUCGAUUAUGAAGGGCAAACUGUAUUUUAUUCGGCAUGUACCAGUGGUAACGAGGACAUACUGAAUUUCCUGAUGAAUAAAGGCUGUGAUGUACAUCGUCCUAAUGAUAACAGAAAGACACCUCUUAUGACUGCUUGUGAAAAAGGUAAUCUGUCAACUGUUAAUUUCCUUCUUAAGAAAGGUGCUAACAUUAACAUUACCGAUAAUUUAGGACAAACUUCAUUCUAUUGGUCAUGUGUAGGUGGUAAUUAUGCCAUAGUCAUGUUGCUGAUAGAAAAAGACUGCAAAAUACUAAAUCUAAACAUUCAUGGGAAAACUCCUCUGAUGGCUGCUUGUGAAAACAGACAUCUGGCAAUUGUGAAACUUCUUAUUGAGAAAGGUGUUGACAUUAACAUUACUGAUUAUGUAGGACAAAACUCUUUCUAUUGGUCUUGUGUCGCUGGUAAUAUAGCUAUAGUUAAUUUGCUGAUAGGACAAAACUGCCAAAUACAUAAGCCGAAUAAUUAUGGGAAGACGCCUCUAAUGGCUGCUUGUGAAAAGGGGCAUCUAGCAACUGUAAAACUUCUUGUCGAGACAGACGUAGACCUACAUUUUGCCGAUAAUGCAGGACACACGCCAUUUCAUUUAUCGUGCAACGGAGGUAACAUUGACAUCGCUAAAUUAUUGAUAGAUACAGGCUGUGAUAUACAUAAACCGGAUUAUAAUGGGAAAACACCUCUAAUGAUUGCAUGCCAAAAUGGUAAUUUUUCUAUAACUGAACUUCUAAUCAAGAACGGUGUGGACAUAAACUUAACCGAUAAUGAAGGACAAACGCCAUUCUAUUGGUCUUGUCAAGGUGGUAACAUUGAUAUAAUUGACUUAUUUAUUGAUAGAAAGUCCUAUUCAGAACAACCAAACAAUUAUAAGUGUACACCUCUAAUGACUGCUUGUCACCAAGGUAAUCUGUCAACAGUAAAAAGUCUUAUAGAAAGAGGAGCUAUCCUUGAUAAUACAGAUGAUAAUGGACAAACGCCAUUCUUUUGGUCUUGUUUCGGUGGUAACGUUAAUAUCAUAAGUAUUUUUGCAAAUGAAGGACUUAAUUUUCAUCAACAAAACAAACAAGGGAAAACUCCCUUGAUGGCAGCUUGCCAUAACGGACAUUAUUCAGCAGUUAAAUAUCUGAUCAAUAAAGGUGUUAACAUUGAAAGUGUGGACGUUAACGGUCAAACGUCCUUUUAUUGGUCUUGUGACGGUGGUAAUAUUAAUAUCGUAAAAUUGUUGACAAAUAAAGGUUUUAAUAUACAUAAACCAAACAAUAUCGGGAUAACGCCUUUGAUGGCCGCUUGCUAUAACGGACAUUACUCAGUCCUUAAAUAUCUAUUCAAUAUAGGAGUUGACAUCAACAAUUUCGAUUUGUUCGAUCAAACGCCAUUUUUUUGGUCUUGUGUCGGCGGUAACAUUAGAAUCGUAAUAUUUUUAGCCGAUCAGGUAUGCAAUAAACAUAAACCAAGCAAAAAAGGAAUGACUCCAAUUAUGGCAGCUUGCAAAAAUGGACAUUACUCAACAGUAAAAUAUCUUCUUGAUAAAGAUUUUGACAUCAACAACGCUGACUCUUUAGGACAAACCCCAUUUCAUUGGUCUUGUUGUAGUGGUAAUAUUGAAAUAGUUAAAAUGUUACAAGUUAAUGGAUGUACUAUGCAUUCUGAAAGUAAUUACAGAAAUACACCUAUUAUGACGGCUUGCUAUAACGGACGUUAUUUAACGGUGAAAUACCUGAUUGAAAAAGGUGCUGACAUCAAUUAUUUCAAUAUUGAUCACCAUACAUCAUUUCAUAUGUCCUGUCUAGGUGGUAACAUUGAAAUAGUUGAUUUAUUGCUGGAUAAAGGGUGUAACAUACAUACAAUGGACAAAGACGGACGUACACCUCUGAUGUUAGCGUGCCUGAAAGGACACCUUUCUAUUGUUAAACGUCUUAUAGAGAAAGGUGUUGAUAUAAGUAUUAAGGAUCAAAUCAGAAGAACGGCAUUCCAUUGGUCCAUUACCAGCGGUAACAUUGCAACAAUCAAAAUGUUAGCAGAUACAGGAUGCGAUAUCAAUGUACCUGACGUAGAUGGGAUUACACCGCUUAUGAUUGCGUGUAGCAUUGGAAGUCUGUCUGCAGUUAAAUUUCUCAUAGAGAAAGGCUCUAAAGUUUCAAUUACCGAUAAUAAAGGUUGCACGCCAUUUCAUUAUUUAAUAGGUACCGAACGAAACAUUUCUUUAGCACAAUUGCUGAUAGAAGUAGGUUGCGAUAUACAUAUUGAAAAUACACCGAAGGAGUUACCUGCCUUUUUCUUAUGGGCAAGAUAUGAAGGACAUCUAAAUAGUCUUAUUUAG